AUGUUGCUCUUUGCCCGCAGUGUUGUCCAUGAGCAGGCGCCCGAACAGCGGCGACGUGUCUUUACAGGUCCCGCCGAGGACGUCGAGGAGGACAAGCAGCCUGCUUAUGAGGAGGUGAAGCCUUUGUUGGUGAAGCGCCUGUCCUCCUCCGCACCACCGCCCCCGCCUCCCUUCGACGAAAAUGGCGAAGAGGCCGCACGGAGGCAUUGUGUUUUCUUUCACAAUGCCCCUAAAAAGGUCACUGAAGGAAUGCUCAAGCGCGUUUUCGAACGGGCUGGCUCCGUGAAGAGACUUCGUAUCUUCCGAGAAGAUGGCAAGUCUCAGGGCAUGGGCCUUUGUGAGUUUGUGUCCCCAGAGGGGGCGCUGGCGGCAGCCCACAUUCUGGAUGGUGAGAAGAUCUACCCUUCAGAGCUUACGGUGCUUGCAGAGCCUCCACGCACUGCAGCGCCUCGAAACGAGGGCCGACGGAACGAACAGCGGAAUUCGAGACCCCAGGCACAGAGGCGGGGCCCCGACAAGAGAGCCCGAACAGGCUCCUCUCCUGGUGCCCGGCAAGCGAAGACGGAGGAGACCUCAGAGCUGAAGCCGCUGGGGGUUUUAAUGAGUCCGCCACCACCGCCUCCUCAGCCCGUUCUCAAGCCGCGGACUGCCAGAGAAGCGGUAAAGGCUGAGGUGGAGGACGCGAAAGUCCUGGCCCCGAGUGAAGCUGCGGAUGGCCGCAUCUCCUUCUACAACCCCAAGCAGAAGUCGGAGCAGUCGGAAACCGAAUGCAAGGCCGAAGAUUCGGACUCGGUCUCGCAUUGCACGGACGCUCGUGCAGCAGAGCCUCCCGAGCUGUCCAGCGAGGAGUCCUGUGAGGUCGAGACCAAGAAGGAGGCCCCUGCAAAGGAUUUCGACGAAGAGAUGAAGCCCGUUGAAGAACCUGCGAAGCCCGAAGUCUCCUCUGAGCCCGAAGCCGAGGAGUCUUCCUGUGUGUAUUUCCACAACGUGCCCUUCGAAGUGAACGAAGAGGACUUGCUGCCGCUCUUCGAACGCGCUGGUCCUGUGAAAGCCCUUCGCCUCUUCACCCUGAAGGAUGGACGCUCCCGAGGCCAAGGGCUUUGCCAGUUCGAGCGGGCGGGUGUCGCAGAGAAGGCGGUUCGGAUCCUCGCCGGCUGCUUCCUCGCCAACCCAAGCAAUGAGUCCGAGAAAGAUUCCCGGGAAUUGCAUGUGAAGAUCCACAAGGGAAACACGAAGAUCCUCGACAACGCGCGUCAGCUGGGUCUCGGUGCAAUGAUGGGCAGCGUGGAGCGCUUCGAGCCAGGUUCUCCUGCGACGCCGCCUCCCUCCUUCACGCUGCCGGCUGUGCCGCCGCCAUCACCAGUCCCGGCGAGUGCUCCUGCCAGUCCGGAGCCGGUGCCGGUGCUGCAGCCUCGGCCUCUACAGGUGGCAGGAGGCCUCAACCGGAUGGUUGGGCCACAGGAGACGUUUCCCUUUCGGCACCCUGACGACUCCGCCGGCUCUGCCAUGACGGCCAUGAAGCCUCCCGUGGUUCAGCCGGGAGUCGCCAAGGGGAAAAUGCUGGCUCCGCUGGAUGAGGUUCUAGGCAACUAUCUCCGCGACAGAACGGGAGGUAGUGAAGGCAUGCACGUGUUCGACAUGGCUCUCCGGGUGCCGCCCGACCGGUGGUGCAUCACGCGCAGCGAGUUCUAUGCCUUCAUCGAGGAAGUUCGCGAGCUUUGGAAGCUGGACAAAAUUCCAGACGGCGAUGUCCCAAACCCUUUUCACAACGACCCGCACCAUGGGCCCAACCUCUACCAGGUCAACCAGCACUUCGUCAAGCCUGUGACAUGGGCGGCCGGCGGAAUGUCCUAUGCGCUGAUGAAGCAUCCAGCUGGCUUGCCGUGCCAGGUGUUUCUGUCCCACGCCUGGGCCGAAGGCCUCUUCGAGUUCGGCGACUUAGUGCACCGCGGCUGGCCACGUCUGCAGGGCAUUGUGAACCUGUACUGCUGCCUCCUGGCCAACCCGCAGAACCUCAACAUCGAAGACCUCUUGAGCGUUCCUCCGGAGGAAAGCCCCUUCGCCAAAGCUAUGAAGAGCGCAACGCAUGUGCUGGUGAUCCCGAAUGACACAGUCAGCAUCUACACGAGAUUAUGGUGUGUCUUUGAGGCUUACCUCGGCACGCAGUGGCAGAAGGUUGUACUGAUGCCGGCCAGGCCGCGUCCCUCGGUUCAACGCGCCGUCGUGAUGCAGACGUUGCUUCUCCCGUGGUUUCUCGGAGUGCUCGUCGGCUCUGUUCUGGCGGUGGCCCUACUGCACCACAGGAAGACCAAGAAGAGUCUUGUGAUCUGGGCCAUGUUUGUGAAUGUCACGCUCACUGCCCUCUGUUUCAUCACGUCAUGCAUGAGCAAGCUGAACACUCACUCCUGCCGGAGCUGGAUGAAGUUCACCAUCAUUGGGAAGUUGCACAUCUGCCUGACCUUGACCAGCGCGGCAUUGGCAUGCACAUGGCUGAGCAUUCCGAUGCACCGUGGGACGAGUUGGGACCAUUUCCUGCAUUUCUUCAUCCCAGUGGCAGUUACCCUGUUCAACCUCCUCCGUGUCGCCCAAAUCAACCAGCAGCAACUGGAAAGCCGUGAGCUUUGCACGCAAGCUGGGAAUCUCCACGUUCAGACCCUGGAUGAUGCCACAUGCUCUCACCCACUCGAUGAAGGGCGCAUCCGCUUGGCCAUUUCCGGCCGUGAGGCCGAAGUGGACAUGGCCAUCCGAGUGCUUAUGCAAGCUGGAUCUUACAACGAGAGCUUGCGGCGGCGAUACGAAGCUGGACUCAGUAUCAAAGGUCUGGGGAACACGGAUCUGAUUAUCAAGAUCCCGCUCGUUUGCAUCCUCUGGUCGCUCUCCAUUAUCGACUCAUGUGGCUUCUUGGAAAUUAUGUUUGUGGACUGCGAACUACAAUCCUUCUGGCUCUACAUGUCUAUAUCGGUCAUGAUUGCAACGACAUUGUCGCUACCGUUUGUCACAUGGCUCCUAGUUCGGCGUGGAGGCCCUCAUCGCGGCGCUUUUGCAUCCACGAUUUGCUCGCGGGCGGCGAUGGCAGCGCUCGGUGUGCCUCUCCUGGUGGAGAUUGACUGCCACCUGCUGCGGGCUGCAGGCAUCCUGGAGGAUGGCGAGUGUCCGACCCAGCUCAGCUGGUUCAUGGUGACCGGCUUCCGACCUAUCGUCGCCCUGCUAUCGGCGUUUUGGGCUCUUCUUGGACUCCACGUUUGCUUCGAGCGGAGUGUCCCGCGGCACCAACAGGUAAUUUAG